AAUAUAUACUCGGCUUCUCCUCCUCCUACAUUCCUAACCAAAACAAAUUGUGUAUUUUUCUCUAUUCAAAGGACUUUAUCCAUUUCUUGUUUAUCAAAAAUAUUGAACUAUAUGGAAAAGGCAAAGCAAGUUGUUGGUUCCUCUUCUUCUUCUUCAUCGUUCACCAAUGAACUCUUUGGUCCAAAAAAGCCCUCAAACUCGUCCCUCUUUGGUUCUGUUUUUGGUCCAAAUUCCACGGGACUUAGAAGGGAUCCCAUGCACUCAGGGGAUAGAGGUUCAUCAAGAAUCCAAGAUCAAGGGAACCAUUAUGGCAAUACAAAAUAUGGAACUUCAGAUAAUGGAUCUAACAGAAGCAGGGGAGACAAUACUAAGGACAAGACUUUAAUGUAUCAAUAUGAAAAAGUAGAAGCUCCAUGUAAUUUAAGCUCAUCCAUCUACUAUGGUGGCCAAGAUGUUUAUCCUCCAACUACCCAGACCAGUGGCUCCCUGAAUAAUAUUGUCAAGAAAGAUGGGAGGGACGAUGGUUCAAACUCUGCUUCAAGAGGAAAUUGGUGGGAGGGUACGUAUGAUGAUAAUAUAUUAUUAUUUUUAUAAUAAAGUAUAUUGCUUUGAUUUAAAGGUGCUGUCUCUUUGUUUCUGCAGGAUCACUUUACUACUAAUAAGGCCUUGCCUUUGCCUAUAUAAAUUUCUUCUCUACAUAUGAUUUUCUGAGUUUGUUUUUGUUUUAUAUUUAUUUUUGUUUUUGUAUUUUUCUGUUUUUAUUUCUUCUCUUUUAAUCGUAAUUGAUUUCUUUUUUUUUAUUAUUUUAUUUAUUGUUCGAAAUCAGGAGUUAAGAGAAAGCAUUUUUGACCAGCAAGGAGUGGAAGAUGUUACAUUGCAGUCUCUUUUUUUUUUCUUUUUUUUUCUUUUUUCCUUUUUCAGCUUGUACAUCAGUAUAUGAGUUCCUCUUUGUAUAGUUGCUGAACUUCUCUUGUGUAAUGUAUUUAUCAAAUCCAAAUCCAACUAAUUAUCCUAACACUUAUCAGAUUGUUGCAACCUCUAAUUCUCUUUGGAAUAUUAUAUCUGAACUUCAUUAACUUGGGCCUGGGUCAAACUUCCGAGAUGGGCUUCGGUCAACAUAUAUAGUGGUCAAUCUAUAACUAAUAAUUCUACGGAAAAGGGCCAAAAUUACCUCUGAACUUUGGGAAAAUAGAUCAUUCAUACCCUUCGUUAUACUAUAGGGCCAAUUAUAUCCUUACCGUUAUACUAUAGGGCCAAUUAUACCCUUAUGUUAAACGGCCUGCCAAGUGGCAUCAUCCUAGAUGCCCAGCUCAUUUUUUACCCACCAACUUAACCCAACCCGACGCAGAUAUAAUUUUGUCACCCAACCCUUUUUCUUUUUCUUACUGUCUUCUUCUUUCUCCAUGCCCAACUCCUCCAUGUCCACUAUCUCCGAUCCCUCACCCCCAGCUCCUCCAUGUCAUUCUCCUUUUU